CACCAACGCCGACAUGAGCGCAGACGACCUGGAGAGAUCAUCACACGCGUCGACCGGGGAUGUCGAAAAGCAUGGCUAUGCGCACGACGAGUCCUCGGCCGCUCUUGACCUCAAGACGCGCUUUCCGACCGUCGACGAGGCCAAGGUAAUGCGCAAGGUUGACAUGCGUGUCAUUCCUGUACUGUGUGUACUUUAUCUCCUGGCCUUCCUCGAUCGAGUGAACAUCUCCAACGCAGCCGUCUUUGGCCUCAAGACUGACCUGAAGUUGGAGGGAAACCAAUACAACACAGCGCUGGUUGUCUUCUUUGUUCCCUAUGUCCUCUUCGAGAUCCCGUCCAAUGCAUUGCUCAAGCACUUCAAGCCGCACGUAUGGUUGCCACUAUGCAUGUUCCUCUUCGGCCUGGUGUCCAUCUGCCAGGGGUUGGUCCACAACUUCAGUGGUCUCGCUGCAUGCCGUUUCUUCCUGGGUCUGGUCGAGAGCGGCGUCUUCCCUGCGUGCUUUUACCUCAUUGCCAUGUGGUACAAGCGGGCAGAAGCACAAAAGCGCUAUUCGUUUUUCUUCUCAUCGACCACUCUCGCAGGCGCCUUCGGUGGAUUGCUCGCCAGCGCCAUCGGCAAAAUGGACGGCAUGCGCGGCUAUCGCGGCUGGCGGUGGAUCUUCAUCCUGGAGGGUGUCGUAACAUGCCUGGUGGCCGCGACUUUGUUCUUCUUCAUCUCUGAUUUCCCCGAGGAGGUAGCAUGGCUGACACCAGAGGAGAAAGAGUUCAUCAAAGCACGCUUGCAUGCCGACGUAGGCGAGUCGCGCAGGCAUGAUCCAUUGACCCUGAAAAGUGUCUUGUCUGUCUUUAAAGACUACAAGAUCAUCGUUGGCGGAUUCAUGUACUUCGGACUUGUCGUGCCCGCGUACAGCUAUGCCUACUUUGCGCCCGCGAUCAUCCAGACGCUCGGGCACAGCAGCAUCCGCACACAGCUGCUUUCCGUCCCACCUUGGGCAUGCGCGUUCGCGCUCGCGAUGCUCGUCGCCGUGUUCUCCGACCAUGUGCGGCACCGCUUCGUGUUCGUGCUCGUGCCGACCGCGAUUGCACUCGCAGGCUUUGCGAUUCUGGUUGCGGUACAUGACAAUAAGCACCUGCAGUAUGCGGCGCUAUUUCUCUCGGCGAUGGGCACGUAUACGGCAAUGCCGAUGAUGGUGUGCUGGUUCAAUACGAAUUUGGCAGGCCACCAGCGGAGAGCGGUCGGGACGGCAUGGCAGGUCGGCUUCGGCAACAUUGGCGGUAUCAUCGCCGUGUACGCCUUCCUCGCAGAGGAUGCGCCGAAAUAUAUCACAGGCUACAGCCUAUGCAUCGCGUUCAUCGUGCUCUCCGCAUUUGCUGACUGCGUGUACUUCGUUGGGCUCAUUGUCGAGAACCGGAGACGAGGCCGUGCGACGGCGCGGGGCAGCGCCGGGGAUCUGACCGAGGACGAGAAGACAAAAAUGGGUGAUCUGAACCCGGACUACAGGUACUUGCUAUAGAGCCGAGGUAUUUGUUUGCGGAUCGGGAGGUGUAAAAGCUCAAUGUAUCGCCAUCUAGUAAUUACCGUGUAUUAGUAUGUGUAGAUGCGCAGUCUACUGUAAGGCCGGAUGAAUAGUAAUAGCCUUCAAAGGCAAAAAGUUUACUUAGAUUCUCGUUACGCUUGCAAUUAUUGAGCCGGUCGUGUAACCACAAUAGGCCACAAACCGUUCACGACUGCA